AUGCGUUCUACGAAGUCUAUCAAAAGAGGUGGAAAUCGAAAAAUGACGAGAAAUGCUUGUGCUUGCCGCCGCAAAGUAUUUCAGAAACGAAUGGAACAAAUGAAAAAUUUGCAACGAAAUACUGUUUUCACUGGAGCCCAAGUUAAAAUCUUGGCUGUGCCGCAACCUAUUCCGAAGAAGCUAAAAGAACCUAAGCAGAGAACUGUUGAAGAAAUUGCUGAACGCCGGCGAUUUCGAGAGCAGAAAAAUCUCGAAAAAAGAUUUUUAAAACAAAAACCAUCAACAUCCGAAGUACCGAAAUUACUAAUAUCCAUGAAAAAUAUAAAGGAGAAAAAAGUUAUAACAGCGGUUGCGAAAGUGAAAGAACCAAAAAAAGAGGCUAAGCGAGUCCUUCAGAAUAAACCGAUAAAUGUUCCUCCUUCUAAAAAAAGCAAAAUAACUGACGAAAAGAAUAAGGCAAAACAAGGAGUUGAUAAAAGUAUUUCUGACGAGGAAAUCGAAAAACCUUCCAAGAACAAGAUAUCAAAGAAUAUAGAAAAAACGGUUGCAAAGAAAAAAGCAUCUAAAACAAUAUCAAACAAGGACGAUACCUCAGGACCUAUUCCUAAUGCUAAAGUACUGCCAAAGAUUGAAGGCUCUGGCUCAUAUAGAGAAAAGAAUAACGAUCCAAAAGUACGGAAGCAAGAAAAAGUUUCACAUUUGAAAAAAGUCGUUAGUUUCGUUAAAAUCGCUCAUCUUUCUUUGCAUUUGUUUGUUUUUGCUUUUUCUAUUCUUUAUUUAAAUAGUUCUCUGAAGAAAAAUUCAUUGUUGUUCGAUAAUUUUGCCGAAUAUGAUGAAGAUAUCCCACAAGUAAGUGAGAAUAACACCUUAUCUGGAGCAAAUAAAUUAAUCGAAUCAGACAAUGGCGAUGAAGAAAGAGAUAAAACGACAUGCUGUAUCGAUCCUAAUGAAUGGGAAUGCACUAAGCUACCUCAUAAAUUUGCGGCUGGGCGUAUACAAAUGAAAGAUACAAUAAUUCUCGGCAUUUCUGAUGAAUUUAUUGGUGAAUCAUUGGAGAAACGAUCUGAAUUAAGAGAAAGCUAUACAAAAAAUCAGACAAAUGGAUUUCAUUACGAAUUUUAUGAGGAGAAAGAACAGUUUGGCGGAAAUUUUUUGGGGAAAAAUCUUGAAACGAAUGAAAUGAAAUGUUUGAAGAUCACAAUAGAUCAUUCGAAUUUAACAAAAGCACAUUUAAUAAAAUUUAAGAUCUAUAUGCAGAAUGAUGGAUCAAAAGGUAGGUGUAAUAUAUCUGAGUCAAGUAGCGAAAUGAAAAAAAAAGAAUUUCAAUGUAUUGGUGUUGGAAUUCAAGAGUCCUUCAACAUAUCGUUUGAAACUGAUGAAAACAGUCCGCAAGGAAGAAAUGUAGUGGGAAAUAUGCCCGAACUUAUUGACCGUGAAAUUACAAAUGCAAAUCAUGAAAUUGAUGGAAAUGAGGAGCAAGCUGUUAUUGAAGUUGAAUGCACUGCGAAUAAAAAACAUGGUAGUUUUGCGAAAGCUGGUAAUGUAUCAUCAUCACUGGAGAGAGGUAACCUAACAGAUAUAUCAGUAACAAAGGAUAAUGGUAAAAUUGCGCAGUUGAAUUAUGAUGUGAAUAUUAUCAAGGAGAGCGGAAAGACUCCUCAGUUAAAUUACAGUGCAGUUAUUGUUGACCAAGUGAAGGCAAAGCAUGCAACACAUGUCAACGAAGUCAAGGGUGUUUCGAAAGGAAAAACUACGGAUGGCGAUUUGGAAAUGUUAGGAGAACAUGGAUUAAAGAAUGAUAAAACUUCUGAUAAAUCGCAAUCACAUCAUGCUGAUGACACGGCGGUAGCGAACACCGUAACUUCACAGCAGGAAAAAAAGAGUUAUAAGAAAUUUCAACCGGUGUUAUUAGCAUUUCAAAAAGAUCGUCCACCACCUCUCGUUAUCGAAAGGCCUAAACGCGAAUAUAGAUUAUUACCACGAGAUAUUGAAUAUUGUACGUAUAUGAUGGAAACAUACGGAGAAGAUUAUGAGAAUAUGAUAAAGGAUAAAAAAAAUGUCUUCUUGGAUACUGCGAAAUCGAUUCAGCGAAAAAUUCGAAUUUUCCGUGAAAGUCCAUAUUACGCAGAUUAUUUAAAAAUUAAAAAAGAUCAGCAAUGA